UCAUCACACUCUCAGUUUCCCAAGUUAGCUAAUCUUUCAAACAAAACUAGCUCAUUAUUACUCAAGGCUAGCUAGUGAAGAUGGAGGCCUCCUUGAUGAUCAAGGCUAUUUUUCCUUUAGCCCUUUGGCUUCUCUUUGCUUCAGCAUUAUUGUCCUUGGCCAGUGCCAGUCCCAAAACUCACCACCAUGAUUUUGUUAUUCAAGCAACGCCAGUGAAGAGGCUGUGCAAAACCCACAACAGCAUCACGGUCAACGGUCAAUAUCCUGGCCCAACCUUGGAAGUUAGUAACGGGGACACUCUGGUCGUCAAAGUCACUAACAAAGCUAGAUAUAAUGUCACCAUUCACUGGCAUGGCAUCAGACAAAUGAGGACUGGGUGGGCCGAUGGGCCUGAGUUCGUGACUCAAUGCCCAAUCCGACCAGGAACCGGCUACACCUAUCGAUUCACAAUUCAGGGCCAAGAAGGCACACUUUGGUGGCACGCUCACAGCUCAUGGCUGAGAGCCACUGUUUAUGGAGCUCUCAUUAUUAAACCAAGAGAAGGAGACUCCUAUCCUUUCACUAAACCAAAGCGUGAAACUCCAAUUCUUCUCGGCGAAUGGUGGGAUGCCAACCCCGUUGAUGUUGUGAGACAAUCAACUCGAACUGGAGGAGCUCCAAAUUCUUCUGAUGCCUAUACCAUUAACGGUCAACCUGGUGACCUUUACAACUGCUCUAGCAAAGACACGGUGGUGGUACCAAUUGGCUCCGGGGAGACUAACCUUCUGAGAGUCAUCAACGCUGCCCUGAACCAGCCCCUGUUCUUCACCAUCGCCAACCACAAGUUCACCGUCGUAGGCGCUGACGCCUCCUACGUGAAACCCUUCACCACCACGGUCCUGAUGCUCGGACCCGGCCAAACCACCGACGUACUCAUCAAUGGUGACCAGCCCCCAGCGCGUUAUUACAUGGCGGCGCGAGCAUACCAAACCGCAAAUGCAACUUUCGACAACACUACCACAACCGCAAUCCUUGAAUACAAAUCUGCACCGUGCGCCUCCAAGAAUUGCCCAACUACAAAGCCAAUAAUGCCACAAUUGCCAGCUUAUAACGACACCGCCACCGUCACGGCUUUCAGCAAAAGUUUCCGGAGCCCAAGAAGAGUCGAGGUUCCAACCGAUAUCGACGAGAACCUCUUCUUCACGAUCGGACUCGGGCUGAACCAGUGCCCGAAGAACUUCCCAUCACGACGUUGCCAGGGUCCGAACAGGACACGAUUCACCUCUAGCAUGAACAACCACUCGUUCGUUCUCCCAAAGAACAUUUCCAUUCUUCAGGCGUACCAGCAGGGAAUCCCCGGAGUUUUCACCACUGAUUUCCCAGCGAACCCACCAGUGAAGUUCGAUUACACCGGUAACGUCAGCCGCUCUCUCUGGCAGCCUAUUCCAGGAACCAAAGGGUACAAAUUGAAGUACGGGUCCAAAGUUCAAAUCGUACUACAGGAUACAAGUAUCGUCACCCCUGAGAAUCACCCCAUUCAUCUCCAUGGAUACGAUUUCUACAUCGUCGCAGAAGGUUUCGGAAACUUCAACCCCAAAACUGAUACCAAGAAUUUCAACCUUGUUGACCCGCCAAUGAGGAACACGGUUGCUGUUCCGUCAAAUGGAUGGGCCGUGAUUAGAUUCGUAGCUGACAAUCCAGGUGCUUGGAUUAUGCACUGUCACUUGGAUGUUCACAUAACAUGGGGCUUAGCCAUGGUGUUCUUGGUGGACAAUGGAGUUGGACAGUUGCAGACGAUAGAGCCUCCUCCGGCGGAUUUACCUCUGUGCUAGAGAUGAUUUAGAUAAUAUCAUAUAGUUACCCAGAAAAAGAUUAAUGAGAUUGUUCGUUAUCAGAAUAAUAGGGUUUUUCAGAUUUUCCCUUUACAUAGUGUUACACAAGUUGUUUGUUGCUUUCCCCUGCAUUUUGGGGUCUUUUAGCUCUUAUUGCUCUGUUUUGAAUUGUUUUUCUUUUUUAUAUUUUUUUGUCAUAGAUAAAAGAAUCGGGUCUAAAAGGGGUGCUGCAAGGGUUUAAAAUACUAAAAAUUGCCAUCUCAUUUAGUCGUAUACUCGACUCUUGUUCCUCCUUUUUACAUAGAUGCAUUCUUUGUUAAACAGAUUAAUAUAAAGUUUUUAAAUGUUCUUUUA